AUGGCAACCCAUACUUAUUCAGCUCAGACACGUGAGGACCUUCAGAAACUCUCAUCAGAACACAAACUGCGUGUUAUCUCACAGCUUCCUGAACACGAGCAGGCUAGCUCCGCCAGUAACUGGACACUGCGGCACAUUAUCGUUUAUAGACUCCUCAUAAAAGGACCCGAGACAGAUUUCCUGAAAGUUUUUAAUAUUGAACAUCGUGAGGCUUGCCCGCAUUGCCUCCCCGACGGGCCUUCAUCGCUGGAAUUGGACAGUCGCCAGGUCCAGAACCUACUGGAGAUCAAACCUUUCGUUCUCUUAAAGACGGAACGCGAAUUGUUGCAGAGUCCCGGCGGAUUUUUCUUAGUUGCGUUGGCACAAGCCAGUCAUGCGGACGUGAGCAAUGCUCCCAGAACCCAGCCCGAGCGCGAAAGACUUGCUGUAAAGUGGCCCGACUACGCCAACUCGUUAGAGGCAAUUGUAGGCUCCUCGUCGCCAACCCGUCCGUCAUCAUCUUCCGAUUACGAGUUGGAACCCGGGCAUAUGGACGAAGAUGAGAACGAAACCCAUCGCACAAUACCGGAAGUGAUAGCUGUUAACCUGGCUGUUAACUUCCUUCGCUACGUGCUACAGCUUUGUCUAAAACAAGACGAUGUUGAAGAGGAAAUUCGCGCGCGUACAAGGAGUAUGAGAGGUCAGGCAACUGUUGCCGGAGUAAAGAACAUCACGUUUGAAGAUGAUGCAGGUAUAUCUAGAUAUACUCGAAUCGCUGAUGGCUGGAGAUUGGCGCAUCCAUACCUGGCCUUAAUCGAGGCGAAGCGGGCAAAGGACAUCCGUAUAGACCCUCGCACGGGUAGAAGUAGCCCAGUAGUAUCGAACGAUACGAUAGCCCAAUAUCUGGGUGAAGCUGUGCUAGCCUGGCGAGCAAAUAGAGACCUCCUAGGUCGGAAGUUAGUAUCACUCUGCUAUUGCAAUGGUCCCACCUAUCGAUUUGCUGACGAAUUUACUAGUGUGUUUCUCAUAGCCAUCAGCAAUACGUUCAUACGAUUUAUUCAUUUCAGUUUCGGUGCCGACUAUGACGAAUACCUCGAUGCCACUACUAAAGCGGAUCAGAAGCGUUUAGUUGAGAACAAGAAAAAGGACACAUUCGUGCGCAUGCAUCGAACUAAAUGGUUCGACUUGCGAAUGAGUGAAGGAAGAGAAAUAGCGAUGUGUCAUGUUUUGAUGCUGGUGUGGUGGCAUGCAAACCAAGGCGCUGAUGUGGUGGUGUCAGACGCAGAAAUGUCAGAUCUCAGUAGCGAUGAAACGAUGCACUCAGACGACAAUGACGAAUAUGAUGAUUACGAUGAUGAUGGUCACGACGACGAUGAUGAUGAUUACGAAUAUAAUGCUGGUAGCAGCUCGGAAUGA